GCAAUCUGGCUGAUUUGUACGGGAGCUCGUGAGGCGGCAUUCCGUAACAUCAAAACGAUCGCUGAAUGCUUGGCUGAUGAGAUCAUGAACGCGGCAAAAGGCUCGUCGAAUAGUUAUGCGAUCAAAAAGAAGGACGAGUUGGAACGAGUAGCCAAGUCUAAUCGUUGA